CAUUCAUUAAAGGAUAUCGUGUUAGUCUGUAUUGGAGAAAAGCUUAGGGCAGCCACCAAAGUAAUUUACUACAGAUGUUUCUCAAAAAAUAGACUGACUGGUAGCAAUACAGACACUUGGUUCCACAUUAACGUGGUCUCUUAUUCGUCAAUCGGCAGGGACUUGUGUGUUGAGAGAUAUUCCUGUUGAUCAUUCGAUGAUCUGAGCUUGUCAUUCAUUGCACACACCUUUUUUUUUUUCUCAAGCUGACACAAAACAGAUUACCUUUUUUGUCAGCGUUGUCAGUACUUAACAACAUCUGUUUAGAAAGGGUUUUCAUCUUCUUCCAAACAACAGGAUAAAACGAGCACCAUCAGACUUUCAGGAGGAGUUCACAGAGGUGCAAGAAAUCCUCUUACUCACCAUGAGACUGGUGAAAGGGGACAGUGACCUUAGAGGCCGUUAGGUUACCGUUUAACAUUUAUAUCAGGUGCCAGUGAGCCAUUCUAGGAUAUGGAAUCGUACCCUGUUAAUGGGUAAUCCAUUUCAUUGGGUGCGAAGGGAGUCAGUCUCCAAAGCAGAGAUAAAAAGGCUGCAUGGUGGUUACCCACUCUGAUUUGCCAUUCCUUGUUUCUCCUCACACCUGUGAACCAGCAUGGGAAAGGGGUUCUACAUCAGCAAAGCCCUUGGGGUGGCAGGUAUUGUGUUUGCUGCCGCAGCAGUAGCCACCAUUAUCGCACUGUCAGUGGUCUACGCUCAGGAGAAAACCAAGAAUAAUGAGGUGAAACCAACUGAAGGAGUGAUAACCACCACCAAAACAACUGCCAGCACACCCACGCCCUCCAAAGACCCAUGGGACCAGUACCGUCUGCCGGACACCCUGGUUCCAGAGACCUACGAUGUCACCUUGCAGCCCGAGCUUGUACCAAACGAAUUUAACAUGUACAUCUUCAAGGGGCACUCCAGCGUGGUCUUUAAAUGUGUGAAAGAAACCAACUUGAUUCUCAUCCACUCUAACAAGUUGAACCUGACUGUAUUGGAUGGGCAUCAUGCCAGGUUGACCUCUCUUGAAAGCACACCAGCACCAUCCAUAUUGAAAACAUGGUUUCAAGUAACAACGCAGUAUCUGGUGGUAGAGCUGCAGGGCAAGUUAACAGUUGGAGAAAAGUACAAGCUAUACACUGAGUUUGUAGGGGAGCUAGCCGAUGACCUCGGUGGUUUUUACAGAAGUGAAUAUGUGGAGAAUGGACAGAAGAAAGUGGUCGCUACGACUCAGAUGCAGCCCACAGAUGCCAGAAAAGCCUUCCCUUGUUUUGAUGAACCUGCACUGAAGGCCAUCUUCAAUAUCACUCUCGUUCAUCCUAAAGAUACAGUUGCCCUCUCCAAUGGAGCCGAGCUUAGCACUGUUGAAAUUACGGAAGGUGGUAAGCAAUUACUGAAGACCACAUUUGCGCUUACAGAGAGGAUGUCGACAUACUUGUUGGCAUUCAUUGUCAGUGACUUUGGUCACAUUCAAAGCAAUGCAGAAGGUCUUUUGAUCAGGAUCUUUGCUCGUAAAGCAGCCAUUGAUGCAGGUCAAGGGGAAUAUGCUCUCAAUAAGACAGGGCCGAUUCUGAAAUUCUUUGAAGAGUACUACAAUGCUACUUAUCCACUGCCAAAGUCAGACCAAAUCGCCCUUCCUGACUUCAACGCGGGUGCCAUGGAAAACUGGGGACUUAUUACUUACAGAGAAACAGCCCUGUUGUAUGACCCUGAAACAUCCUCCAAUGGAAACAAGGAAAGGGUUGCCACUGUUAUUGCACAUGAACUUGCCCAUAUGUGGUUUGGAAACCUAGUGACUCUGAAGUGGUGGAAUGAUCUCUGGCUGAAUGAAGGUUUUGCCUCUUACGUUGAGUACCUGGGUGCACAUGAGGCAGAACCAACCUGGAACGUUAAAGACCUGAUAGUGCUGAAUGAUGUACACAGAGUGUUUGCAGUGGAUGCCCUGGCCUCCUCCCAUCCCCUGUCCUCUAAAGAGGAAGAAAUCAUGAGACCUGAGCAAAUCAGUGAACUGUUUGACGCCAUCUCCUACAGCAAGGGAGCGUCAGUCUUGAGGAUGCUCUCCGAUUUCAUCACUGAAGAAGUAUUUAAAAAGGGACUAAGUUCCUACCUGAAUCACUUUAAGUUUGAAAAUACAGUUUACACAGACCUUUGGGACCACCUUCAGAGGGCGGUGGAAGAAACAGGGACGAACCUCCCUGAUACUGUACAUAACAUCAUGAAUCGCUGGGUUCUACAGAUGGGUUUCCCUGUGGUAACCAUCAACACAGCUACUGGACAGAUUUCUCAGGAACACUUCCUCUUGGACCCAGAGUCCGUAGUGGACAGACCAUCCGAAUUCAAUUACGAAUGGUUUGUUCCCAUUCAGUGGAUGAAAACUGGAGCGCAGCAACCAAUCAGCUGGUUGUUGAAUAAAACCGAAACUAAGAAUGAGAUGAUGGUAACUGGGAAUAACUGGGUGUUAGCCAAUGUCAACGUGUUUGGGUACUACAGAGUAAACUACGACGAGCGAAACUGGAAUAACCUGCUAAACCAGCUGAAAACAGACCGCCAGUCUAUUCCAGUCAUCAACAGAGCACAACUAAUUGAUGAUGCUUUUAACCUUGCAAGGGCAGGAAUCAUCCCUACAACUUCAGCUCUGCGCACUACUGAAUAUCUUUCUGUAGAGACUGAGUACAUGCCUUGGGAGUCAGCUCUUGACAACUUAAACUAUUUUUACCUCAUGUUCGAUCGCACUGAGGUGUAUGGGCCUAUGCAAGCCUAUGUUAAACAACAGGUAGAGCCUCUUUUCAACUACUUCAAAGGUAUUACUGCAGACUGGACCAAAGUACCAGAUGGACACAUGGAGCAGUAUAACCAAGUGAAUGCCAUCCGAAUGGCGUGUAGCACUGAGGUAGCAGCUUGUACUAAUCUCACCCAAACCUGGUACAGGGAGUGGAUGAAUAAUCCAACUCGUAACCCGAUUCACGCUAACCUGAGGACUACAGUGUACUGCAGAGCUAUUGCUGCAGGGGGCGCUGAGGAGUGGGAUUUUGGCUGGCGAAUGUUUAAAAAUGCAACUAUUGCCUCUGAAGCUGAUAAACUGAGGUCUGCACUGGCAUGUGCCACCAAGCCUUGGCUACUGAACAGGUACCUGGAGUACACCUUAGAUCCAACCAAAAUCCGUAAGCAAGACGCCACCUCCACUAUAAUCUACAUUGCAAACAACGUGGUUGGACAGUCUUUGGCAUGGGACUUUGUUCGGGCAAACUGGGCUUACAUUUUCAAUGAGUAUGGAGGUGGAUCUUUCUCAUUUUCCAAUCUGAUCAAUGGCAUUGCUAAAAGAUUCUCUACUGAAUAUGAGCUAAAACAGCUUGAGCAGUUCAGAGAUGACAAUGCAGAUGUUGGCUUUGGCUCUGGUACCCUGGCCAUCCAGCAGUCAAUUGAAAGCACCAAGGCAAAUAUCAAAUGGGUGGAACAGAACAAGGCUGCGGUGAUGGACUGGUUCACGCAAGCAGUGAAAUUGUGAAAAGCUGAGAAUAUUAAAAGUUUCACAGAAGUUUGGAGAAAGUUGUAUUUUUGUGUAAUGGAAUGAUGGUCAUAAUGACCAGACCAGUUUAUUUAUUGUAUCAUAAUGCUCCAAAUUAAAACAAUGUCCAGUGUUUUCUGCAUUUUAAAGCUCAUGAUACUGUAUAUAAUUUACUUAAAAUUCAUCAUUUAUGAAAACAAUUGGUGCAGCAUAAACACUGUAUAGUUUUUGUACAUUUUUAGUGUAACAUUCUGAAUUUUACUGAUAAAUAGCAGUAAUAAUUAUUGUUCUUUUCGGUGUUUGUAAACACUGGGGCUUUUGUGAGCAUAAUAAACCAUCCUGUUAAACAGUGA